GUUCGGGACGCCUAGCGUUCUGACGACUACGAGCAGUUUCUCGUCUCCGAGGCUCCGCCGCCGCCGCCACGCUCGGCGCACCUGCUCGCUUCCAGGCGCCAGCUGGCCACCUCUCUGUUCUUCCCGGGGCCCCGUUCUUCCCCUCCUCUCUGCCUUCUCCACCUUCCCUCUCUCGUUUGCCUCUUACGAUAAGUGAAUCACCCGCCUCGUAAAGGGGAGCAAGAUACAUAGAGAGAGAUGGUGCUGCGACGGGCGGCGGUGGAGUCACCGAAGAAGGUGGCGGCUCUGGUGGACCUGGUGAACCUGCCGACGGCGCUGCGAGAGUUCGCGGGCGGGCGGUCCCAGAUGUCCCACCUCUCCUUCUUCCUCGGCGUCUGGUCACACAUCAAGAAUAACAACCUCCAGGACCCAACAAAUAGGAACAUUGUAAACUGUGAUGAGAAGCUGAAAACUGUAUUGGUGGGCAGGUCCAAAGUGGAGCUCUCUGAACUCCCAAUGCUUGUCAAGCUGCAUUUUCCAAAAGUUUUCAAGUGAUAUGAACAUUAAGUUACAGUUCCUGUUUAAUCAAAUUUCGUGGAAGAAGUUGGUCUGAUUUAUGUUAUUACUAGGAUAUGCAAAAUCAAACAUGUAGAGUUUUUUUUCACCUAAAUUUUUAUAUAUUGCCAAUAUGUAUACAGUGCAUGAGUUCCGACCCCCUUCUAUAUAGGGAAGAGAAAAAUUCUAUAUACGUGGGCUCUUCAACUUUUAGUA